CCGGGGCCCGGGCCGGGCUCUGGGCUUGCCGCGCGCCGUUGAGUCAGGCCGGGUUUUCCCUCCUCCUGUAGGGCAGGCAAGAGGGUGCUGCCGAUCGCGUCCCUUCCUCGCCAAUCCGGCUCCAGCGCCUGUCCGCCCGCCCGCCCGCGUUUUCUAGGUGCCUGCCGCACCACCGCUCCGGCCCGGCUCGCAGUCUCCGCUGGAAUCGGCGCUUCAGAGGAAGGUUCAAAUCCGCGCGAAGGAACUGCAGCGCACCAGGGUACGGAGCGGCGGGAGGUGAGCGCGGCGCCAGCAUGCCGCCUGUGCUCUGUUGAAACUUCAUGGCCACAGCCCCAGUCCCUGCUGGCAUUGCCAUGGGCAGCGUGGGCAGCCUGUUGGAACGGCAGGACUUCUCUCCUGAAGAACUUCGGGCAGCACUUGCUGGGUCCCGGGGCUCCCGCCAACCUGAUGGGCUCCUCCGGAAGGGUUUGGGCCAGCGUGAACUCCUUAGCUAUCUGCACCUCCCCAAGAAGGAUGGCAAGACCACCAAGCGGGCACCUCGGAAUGAGCCUGCCGACUAUGCCACCCUCUACUAUCGGGAACAUUCUCGGGCUGGUGACUUCAGCAAGACUUCACUGCCCGAGCGGGGUCGCUUUGACAAGUGCCGUAUCCGCCCAUCAGUGUUCAAGCCUGCAGCGGGUACCGGGAAAGGCUUCCUCUCCAUGCAGAGCCUGGCUGCCCACAAGGGUCAGAAGCUAUGGCGCAGCAAUGGCAGUCUGCACACACUGGCAUGCCACCCACCCCUGAGCCCUGGGCCCAGGGCCAGCCAGGCCCGUGCACAACUGCUGCAUGCCCUCAGCCUGGAUGAGGGUGGCCCUGAGCCUGAGCCCAGCCUGUCGGAUUCCUCCAGUGGGGGCAGUUUUGGCCGAAGUCCUGGCACAGGUCCCAGCUCCUUCAGUUCCUCCCUAGGCCACAUUAACCAUCUUGGGGGCUCCCUGGACCGGGCCUCGAAGAGCCCCAAGGAUGCUGGGCCUUUGGCUGUGCUGAGCUGUCUGCCUGAGCCACCACCCCCAUAUGAAUUCUCCUGCUCCACUGCAGAAGAGGUGGUAGCCCUCCUGCCCGAGACCUGUGAGGAGCUCAAGAGGGACCUUGGAGAUCAGGAUGGCUCCAACCCCUUCACACAGGUGCUAGAGGAGCGCCAGCGGUUGUGGUUAUCUGAGUUGAAGCGCCUGUACGUGGAGCGUCUGCAUGAGGUAGCUCAGAAAGCUGAGCGCAGCGAGCGCAACCUCCAACUGCAGUUGUUCAUGGCUCAGCAGGAGCAGCGACGCCUGCGCAAGGAGCUCCGAGCUCAGCAGGGCCUGACCUCUGAGCCUCGACCCGCAGGUCCAGUUCCAGAGGCCGACCCCAGCACCCGACCAGAGGAGGAAGCCCGAUGGGAGGUGUGCCAGAAGACCGCAGAGAUUAGUCUCUUGAAGCAGCAGCUGCGGGAAGCCCAGGCAGAGCUGGCACAGAAGUUGGCUGAGAUAUUCAGUCUGAAGACGCAACUUCGGGGCUUCCGGGCACAAGCCCAGGCUCAGGAUGCGGAGCUGGCCAGGUUGCGUGAGACCGUGCGCAGCUUACAGGAGCAGACCCCUCAGGAGGAAGCCUCAGGCAGCUGUGAAACUGAUGACUGCAAGAGCAGGGGGCUGCUGGGGGAAGCAGGAGGUAGUGAGGCUGGAGGUGGUGCGGAACAGCUGCGGGCAGAGCUGCUCCAAGAGCGGCUCCGGGCCCAGGAGCAGGCGCUGCGUUUCGAGCAGGAGCGGAGGACUUGGCAGGAGGAGAAGGAGCGGGUGCUGCGCUACCAGCGGGAGAUUCAGGGGGGCUACAUGGACAUGUACCGUCGCAAUCAGGCACUGGAACAGGAGCUGCGGGCCCUACGGGAGCCCCCCACGCCCUGGAGCCCUCGACUUGAGUCUUCCAAGAUCUGAGGCCAGCAGAGCGAGCUGACAGUAGAGGCACUGUUCAAGAUGCCCUGAGAUAGCUGACUCCUACCUUACACUGGUCUGGGGCAGAAUGUGCAGAGACCAGCCCAGGGAUGGGAGACCCCCAAGAGGAGGGAUCCAGGGGGGUGAUGGGCAGGAUAGGGUGCUGGCUGCAGAGCCAGGGCUAGACCUACCUGGCAGAGAAGCACCCAAGCAGGGCCCAGCCCUGCUCCCUGGAGUGGGUAUGUCCCAGUGAAGGAGGUUAGAGAAUCCAGAGCCACUGAUAGGGAAGGGCAGGUGUGAGGGAGGGUGGCUGGAGAACUGGGCUGAGGCCUUAAUGGAAGGAGGCUGGGAUGGAAACAUUGGUCUUCUCCAGAAUAAAAACCACCUUUUCUAUGAGGAGACCCUGGGUCACUGAGCCUGCCCUUAGCAGAGUCCACUUUUGUGGAUAGUCAGGGUUGGGGAUGGACCCAGCCUGUAGCUCCUCACAGUCAUGGUGGUUGGGAGGGUGUGCCCUGUGCCUGUCUUGAAGCUGCUGUUCAUGUGUGUUGGAGAUUGGAGGAAUCCUAUUUCCUUACCCCAGUACCACAUAGUUCCUUGGCUGCUAUGUGGGCUGAAAUUCCUUUCUUCAGCAGCAGUGGAUUUUUUAGAAGGAACUACAGGAAAACAAAAGGGCAAGUCAAAAGGCAUUUCAAGGAUAUAAAAUGUUCAUCUGGUGGAAAGUCUGGUCCCUGGUUGCCCAGACCUCUGCUGGAUCGGGGCCAGCCUAAGACAGCAUCCUGUGGGGCAUCCAAAGGCCCCAGUGGGAUCCUAUCUCUUCUGGAGCUCACCUCCCAUCUUUCUGUCCAGCUGUGUUGUGCCUGUCUCUUCAUGGGUGGGUGAGGGGGAGGCUUAGAAAGGUGCAGGAGAUGCUUGGCAGGGAAAGCUUAUGGGUUAUUUGAUAAAGGAUCUUACCAGAAGGAAGGGAACAUUCCCCCAUAAGCAGUGGAAGGCUAUUGGGUAUUUUUAGGUAGGAGUGAGAUUUGAUCUCAUUUGUAUUCUGGAAAGCUCUUUCUCUUGAAGAGGCAGCCCCACACUUCCCACCCCUGUUCUUUACCUGGCCUCAGAACUGUUAGUCCUUUUCCACCCCAGCUAAGGCUGGUCCGGGUCCUAUAAAACCUACAGCUACCCCAGUCUCUCAGCAGUUUUGGGACUUUGCUGCCCCUCCAGGUCAGUGACCUGGUACAUGUGGCGUCUUUCCUAUCUUGAGAGAAAUCUCGGCUUCAUUACAGAUGCAUCAGUGGCUACCGUGCAUCUAGUGCUGUCUGCCUGGAACUUUAUUGGGCCCUUGGGUUUGGGCCACAGGUUGAAUUUGUUGUGCUUCCUGCUCAAGGGGAUCUAGUACACAGUCAUCUGCCCUCCAAUCAUUGUUCAGGUGGGGCCACUCAGGGAAUCUCUUAGAAGUACUCCAUGUAGCUGGGUAUGGUGGCACACACUUGUAAUCCCAGCAGCUCAGGAGGCUGAGGCAGGAGGAUCACAAGUUCAAAGCCAACUGUAGCAACUUAGUGAGGCCCUAACCAUCUCAAAAUAAAAAAUAAAGAGGGCUGGGAAUGUGGCUCAGUGGUUAAGCACCUUUGGGUUCAAUUCACACUACUCCCCACCCCAAACAACAACAAAAAAACUAAUCCAUGCAGACUCCCAGGCUGCUCCCAGCUCCCUUCAGCUGACCCUUGGUCUUCCCAGGCCAUUCCUGGCCCCACCUCAGGCCCAGCAGGUGGGUCCUGGUUGUAGAGCUCACUGGGGUGUAGAUUUACCACUUAUGAGUUAUGGCAUAUGAGCUGAUGGGCCCCACCUUUUUUGGGGCCAUGAGUGGAGUGUGUGACUUAACUGCCAUGGGGAUGCUGUGUUUAUGGCCCUGUCAAUGGCAGAUGUGUGUAGAGAUGUGUUUGUGGGUGGUGGGUGUGCCCAAGGGGGUGUGUUUGGGGCACCUGGCCUCCAAAAGCCAGCUCCUGGGUUGGAGGCUAGGAAGGCUGCUUCUUGGCCCUCCCUCUGCCCUGUUCCCAUCAAUCCACUGGGCAUGCCUGGGUCAGUCCUGUGUUGAGGACAGAACCCUGGGCCUAGCUGAGACCCAUCUAGGUCCACACCUGAGCUCAGGUUUAAUGCUUGAGGAGGGAAAGGGGAAGUUCCUGGGUUAGGCAGGGCCAUCCCCACGAAUCUUAAGUACCCAUUCCCAUUUCAUAGGCCCCUCCAAACCCAGGUCUCUGGGCUAAUGGACCUGAGGUUCCCCCACUUCCUGGACCUGGGUGCUGGCUUGAAGCCUAGAUUACUUCCUCCCCAUGGCCAGGAGCUGGUUAGGCUGGGUGCCCACGUGUCCCAGAGUGGCUGGGGCCCACCUUUUGGUGUACCAGCUCUGCAGAAUAACUCCCCACCCAGCAAUUAGGGAGCUGGGCCGGCCAGUACAGCCAGUGGGGAGUGGGUGGGCGGUACCAAAACUUGGCAGCAGUGCCAGAAACCAAGGCCAGGCCCAGAAGUAGGGAGAGAGCUGAAGCUGGGGUGUCUCCGAACCAAAUCCCUGUUAACUCAUCCGUGCUGGGCAAACCAGUUCCCUGGUCCCCAAGCAGGCUGAGUGGCUCUGGGGCCAGCUGAUCACAAGUGUCACUGUCACUAUUGUGGCUACUGCUUUGGGGAAGCCCCUCCCUUCUGCUCCACUCUGGGCCCUCAGCUGCUGUCAGGCUCAGCCUUCCCCUGGAGUCUCCUUCCCCAGCAGACCUGGCCCAGGCAGCCAGUUUUGUCCAGAAGUGUAGAUAGUUCCCUGCACUGUGCUCUCUGCCUCUGAACCUCACUCAAGUGUUACACUUUCCAGCAACUCUCUGGGCCCCUACCCCCUUCAUGGAAGGCCUCUGACUCUCUGGUCUCCAGGAUCACGAUAGUGGUGCCCCUUCUAACCUCAGUGAACUGCACAGCUUAACUUAGCCCUUGACCUGUCUCAACCUGCACGUGUUCCUGGACUGAACCAAAGACUUGAAAGGAGGGACGGACACAGGGAGGGGAGGCAGGGCACCAUUUUGGAACAACAUGGAGGGUAGAAGAAAGAGAUGAGGGUUUGAACAGUCCGAGGCCUGACUAGGGAGGCAGAGAAUCAGCUGCCUCCCUGGGCUGGUCCCUGGUGUCCCUCAUUGCACAAAGGGAAGGAAGUGCUCAGCUCUUGCCUUCUGGGGUAAGUCCUCCCUGGACUACCCCCUUUCCCUGCAGUGCUUACACCCCCAUAUGUCUCUCCAUCAGCUCUUUGCAAACUGCUGUAAUUGUUGUUUUUUUUCUGUCUCCACUGGGUUGUGGGCAUUGCCAGAGGAGAGCUGUGUCCUCCAUUUUCCUUCCCCAACCCACUCUAGUUCCAGAGCCCUCCCCUGAGUAGGAUGGCUUUAGAUGAGGAGAGUGAGGUGGAUGGGAAAGGCUCUAACUCUGAGCCAUUCAUGGAUAUCUGUCCUGUGCCAAGUCUAUGCUAAGCAUGGGCGUCUAGAGCUAGUUACCAUUCAUUCUACAGGGGUGUAUUGAGGGCCUCCCUCUGGACCAGAUGUGGUUCUUAGGUGAGGAAGCCAUGGUAACAAAGCCCCUCAGGCCCCUGCCCUUGUGACACUUAAUAUGUGUGUGGAGGAAGACAACAUGGGUCCAUGCUGGUGAAGGUCAUUCCUGAUACUAACCAGGCAGGAGAUGAAGAAGGUAGGAGAAUUAAAAAAAUAGCUCAGGUAUCCUGACACAAAGGACAUCAGGGGCCUCCAUGGUGUCAAGCAAGUGAGCCGAACAUGGAGAAAGGGAGCAUGGAAAUACAUUUGUCUGAGACUGGAGGGAUGUGGGUAUUCGGGAACCUUUCUCCAAAGAGGGCGUAGGCCCCUGUAGGUGAUGUCAUAAGACACAUGGAAGUAUGGGGCAGGUUCCAGAGAGGGUCCUGCAUGCAAUUUCAGGAGGGGAACAAAGAGAAUGGGAAGCACAGCAGAUGCUGGAUAGCCUGGUAAGCUGGUACAGGAGUCCCUGAGCAGUCAAAGGAAAGGGCUAAAAUCAGGACCAGCUUUCUGUAAGACCUGUGUAGCACCCAAGACCCUACCCUUGGAAGCGCCCUACACUUGGUGUUAUGUUCUGCUGUUGCCAUCUUGAUCUUCUUAAGAAUGUUUGAACAAAAGGCCUCACAUUGUCAUUUUGUUCUGCUCCCUACAAAUUAGGUAGGCGGUUCUGGCUUGAAUUUAAGACUUGCAAGGAGGGACAGAUGAGCAAGAGAAGACAAGGCACUGUUUUGGAGCCACCUGAAGGGUGGAAGGAAGAGGCAAGGACUCAGAAAGGUCUUGGGUCUGGCCAGGGAGGCCAGAAAGGCAGUUUCGGUUCCCCUGGGUUGGGUCCUGGUGUUCCUGGGUUCCAUAGUGGAGCCAAAGGCAGUGGCUGCAUUGCCCACCACUGCCCCACCUUCACUAGCCAUCAGAGAUCCCAUCUUUUUCUAUCUCUGCCUUCCAGGACUUGAUCUGAAAGUAAAGAAGGCUGCAUUUCCAAUUGUGCAUAUUCUCUACCCCUCAAGACUCCCCUACCCAUGCUGGGGAUUGAAUCCAGGGCCUUCCACAUGCUAGGCAAGUACUCUGCCACUGAGUUACACCCCCCAACCCACUAAAGUAUAAUUUGCACACAGGAAAUUUCUUCCUUUUUAGGGUACAGUUUGGAGAGUUUUGACAUAUGCAGAGUUGUAUAAACAACCAUAUAAUCAAGACAAUUGUUACAUCACCUCUCAAAAUUCUCCCCUGUGCUCCUCUGUGGUCAACUUUCCCCCUACCUUCAGCCCCUGGCAACUACUGAUCUACUUUGUCAAUAAUCCUUUUUUUUUUUUUUUUUCCUUUUUGUGAGAGGUGCUUAAUCCCUGCUAUCUAAUACACAGCAAGAACAACAAUAGGAUAUCGGUAUAAAAAUAAAUAGAAUGAAGAACCAGAAAUAGAUUCCAUUUUAUAGGAAAAAAAUUAUGAUAAAGAGCUUUCAAAGGAGAGUAUAAGCAAGGAAUAUUUAAUAAGGGGUGCUGAGACAAAAGUGUGUGUUGGGGGAGAAUCAUACUUUGUAGCAUCCCUUCUGAAAUAAAAUGGACACUGGGUUUUUUUUUUUAUGAGUUAAAAUUUGAAAAUCAAAUCCUAGGAAACUGGCAAAAGACUCAAUAGACUAUUGCUGAAUAGACUUGCUGAAUGGAGAGCAGCUAAUGAAGCAAACUGGAAGCAAUCCCAUCCCCACAAUAAAAAAAACAAAUAUAUACCAACCCCAAUGAGAAAAGAAUAAUAAAAUCAACUUUGUAGUAAAACUUGGUGCACAGUGAAAUUAACAAGUCCGAACACAAGAAUAACCACAUAUUGGGGAAGGCAAGACAGACCAGGUUUAAAAUGGCCCGAUGUGAGCGGUGCUUUCAAGGCUCUUGGAGAAGCCCGACUUUCCUCACGCCCCGUUCGGUAGGGAAGAAGGCCAGGGCUCCAGAGAGGAAGUGGGGAAGCCCGGGGCAUUCUCCAAAGCCUGUGAGGUCCUGCUGCUGCUCCGCUGGGAGGCUGCCUGGGCUCCUUGGCCCCAAGCAAGGUUUAUUCAACUCUUCGCCCCCGCGGCUCCCGCAUGGAGCCAGGACCACCCAGGAUCCGAGUGCAAUGCCAGACACCUCCUGGAUGCUGCAUCCGACAUUCCCGCGGGCUCAAGGUCCGGCUCUGGACCGCCUCUUUGCCUCCGAAGGUUCUUGAGUCAGGUUUCUUCCGUCUUAUGAGAAUAUCGGCUAUCUCCCAGCAUCUUUGUGCACCCACUGUUUUCUAGGUAAUGAACACAAAGUCCAGGUUUCCCAAUGGAGCUUUUAAUCCUAAAAUGUAGGGGAGGCAGGGUUAAGGACCGGAAGACAGAUCAACAAAUAAACACAUAAUUUCAAGUGAAGGCUGUAAAGAAAACAAAGCUGGAUUGUGCAAGUGCUUAAUUAAGAAAACAAAACAAGAUUGUGCAAGGGGUGGAGGCAGGGAAGAGGAGGCGUGGAAGGUUGCAGCCUGAAUGAGCUGGAAUGAGAUCAACCAUAAAAGGGAGCAGCAAAUCAGGGAAACAGAAACCCAGAGAAAGGAGACUGAAACUUUAUUGUCUAAGUCUUUGAGGUCUGAGGAGAGGGUGGGGGUCUCUAGCCCUUCCCUUCAGAGGAAGAGGGCCUGGUAAAUUCAGUUCUGGCCUGGGUUUGGGUCACCAUCUUCUUUCUCCUUUCAGAUACACCCUUCCUGCUUAGGACAAUUGUGUCACCCCUACCACCUAAGAAGGGCACGGAGAGCAGCAGGGCACCAGGCUGUGCCUCAUCUUUCCUGCUGGCAGAGUACAAUUCUCAAGAUGACUAGCCUGUGGGCAGAUUAAGUAUGGGUUUAGGUUCUGAGGGCAAGGCAGUUACUCAGAAGGCUUAGGCAGGAGGAUAGAAAGUGAGAGGCCAGCCUGGACUAAGCAGACUUUCUCUCAAAAUAAAAAAUAGAAGCCUGAUAUGGUGGUGCCUGUCUGUAAUCGCAGCUGAGGCAGGAGGAUUGAAAGUUAUAGGCCAACUUCAGCAAC